AUGGCAGCACAAGAACAGGCGCUCAGUACAAGAUCAAUAGAGUCCAGGGUCUACCACACCAGGCAGGACCUCAGGUGCAGACUGUGCAAGGAUGCUCCUGAGACAGUACAGCACUUAACAGCAGGGUGUAAGAUGCAGGCAGGAAGAGCAUACAUGGAACACCAUAACCAGGUAGCUGUCAUAGUGUACAGGAACAUCUGCCACGAGUUUGGGCUAGAAGUCCCAAGGUCAAAAUGGAAGACACCUCCUAAAGUAGUCAAGAAUGACCGAGCUAAGAUCCUGUGGGACUUCAAGAUCCAGACUGACAAACUGGUGAUGGCUAACCAACCAGACAUCGUGUUGAUCGACAAACAACAGAAGAAGGCAGUAGUGAUAGAUGUGGCAAUCCCAGGCAACAGCAACAUCAAGAAGGAGGAACACGAGAAGCUUGAGAAAUACCAGGGGCUGAAAGAGGAGCUAAAAAAGAUGUGGAAUAACCCUAAAAACGCCCAGGCCUCUGGUAGAGGAACCGAGCUUGAGGAUGACACAUACCACCCCACGAGGGCAAACUGCCUGUCACUUUGUGUAGCCUGGAGGCUGAUGAGGAAUGGGGACAGCAUGGUGGUCUACCUCAUCAACCUGUCCAUUUCAGACCUGCUCUACACAAUGGGGGCGCUGCAAGCUUUCUGCUCAAGAUACUUGUGUGAGGCGGGCAUACCCAUGACACAAGAAGAUGCCAACAUUGCCAUUACACGAGUCAUCCUGGGUUUCUUGGUCCCUGUCUUUAUCGUGGCCUUUAUGCCCUAUCAGACUGUCAUGCUGCUCAGGGCCAUAGUGGAGCCUGGGGGCCUGUGUCUGGGCCACAAGGCUCAGAGAUCUACAAUGUGUGUGCAUGCGAAUGUCACAUCUGCAAUGGAAAAUUUGACCCUGUCCGCAAAUCGUUCAGAAUGUUACUCGAUUGACAGCGCAUCCAGGAGAAGGCCUUUUCUGUUUUUCUACCUGGCUAUCAUCAUCACUGCCAUCCCGUUCAACGUCUUCUCUCUCUAUGUGUCCUGGCAGCAUAUUAGACAGAAGAACGAGCUUGGUGUGUAUCUAUUCAAUCUGGCCCUGAGUGACCUGACUUUCACUAUUGGCCUUUCUCUGUGGCUGGACUUCCUGUGGAAUGGAGUUUGGGCCCACGGGGGUUACGUUUGUGUGCUAUCUGUCUACUCUCUCUACACAAACUUUUACACCAGCGAUGCUCUCCUCUGUUGCAUCUCUAUUGACCGCUACCUGGCAGUGGUUCAUCCAUUAAAGUACACUUUCUUGAGGAAGGUAAGCACUGCAACUGCUGUCAGUGUUGUCAUUUGGGUGUUGGUCUUCUGCUUCAAUGCCACCACCAUCAGCUGGGAGGACUCAUACAGUGAAAACAAUGAGUAUACAUUGUGCUUUGAUAUCUUUAUCCCGCUGUCAGAGAACCUGGCUCGGGCUAAUGUAGCACGCUUCAUCUUGGGCUUCAUUGUUCCCGUUCUCCUGGUGGUGUUUUCCACUUGGAGGAUCUUUGUGGCAGUGAAAUCCAACCAAGCCACAAAGGAACAGGAACGUAAACGGAUUUCAAAGCUGCUGAUGGUAAUCCUGCUCUCCCUUUUGUUUUGCUUUGGACCUACCCAUGUCAUGAUGCUCCUCCGCAUAGUAGUCAAUGACUGCAAAAAUAAUGCAUGGCUUCUUUAUCUAUACAAGAUCAGCGUAGCCAUUUCAAGCCUCAACUGCCUUGCUGACCCUCUCCUUUACUGCUUCAUAACUAGAACGGGGAAGGCAAAUGUCAAUCAGGUUGUUCUCUUCUUCCGGUGUUGGUUAAAUAAGGUUGGAAUAAUCAAAUAA